GCCUGCUAAUCGUCUUCAACCUUGGGCGAUUCGGGGAAUUCGCCGUCGUCCGUCUUCUUCUCGCAGAGAAACCCCGGAGCUUAAACCUAGAGAGAGAAAAAGAGAGAGAGAGAGAGAGGGGACCAUGCGUUCUCUGCGAAGUGCAAGAGCGCUCUACGAGAGCUCUGUCUUCGGUCUAAGCCGCUACAAUGAGCAUCGCUCGGUUCCACCGCUGUCGCGCCGCUCCAUCUCCUCCACGGCAAUGCUCCAGAACUCGUGGAUGGACAAGAUCAAAGGAGUCUUCGCCGGGAAGAAGACGUCUCCGGAAGAAGCCCCGGUCGCCGCCGAAUCGUUCACGCUCCUCCGUUUUGCCGACCAGAUGAAGAACGCGAGGAGGUUGGGAACAUUCAAGAAAUACAUGGUCGGGCGGAGCAGCGAAGCGACGUUUGCGGAUGCUUUCGAGAAGCAGGAGGCGAUUCUCCGAUAUCUAGGAGGUUUGGACCCUUCCGGGGAGCAUCUCCAAACUAAUCAAAAACAAGAAGCAGCAAAGAAUUGCAACUGUUCGAUAGCAGAUGUAGAGAAUGCACUUGCAAAAUUCACUUGGGCAAAGGAAGCAGAAAAUAAGUUAAUGAAGUUGAAGGAAGAAGGAAAACCGAUGCCGAAGAGCCUUGCUGAGGUUCAAAAACUAAUGGGGUCAACACCAUUAGAUGUUGCUAGGUCUAAUCUGGCUAAGAGUGGACAGAUCAGCCGAAAUGCAAUGUGCCCAUGUGGUUCUAAGAAGAGAUACAAAAGGUGUUGUGGAAAGGAUUGAAGAGAUUCAAGAACUUAAGAGUUUAUUUACCCUGUCCUUGGCUUGAGGAUUCUCGGAGGUUCUUGCUGCCUGUCUCAUUGGGAUCAACUUAUGCUGAUGCUCUAAUCCAGGAAAAGGCUUGGUAAUUUAGGCGCCUGGGUUCUAACAAUCUGAAAGGCGUAUCAGCGUGCUAACAUGCUGCUUGUAUUAAAAAAUGAGUCCACAUCAGUCGGAUCAUGGUGGAGUCAAUUGGCAUUGUGUAGAACCAAUACACACCCAUUUGUUUGUUUCCCCUUCAUAGCUCUUUUUUGAAGCUAGAGUCUGGAUGUGCUUACCUGAGUAACCAUUUCGAGGUGAAGGCGAUUUGCUUUGCUAGUUUUAUUCAUGACCUCAAUGGAAUGUUCUUUCAAGUCCGGAAUAAUUGAAAUAGCUGUAUUUCAGCUUUUGGACCCUAACUAGUUUCACACGAUGUUCUAUUUCAGCA